UUUUUUUUCUCUUUUUCUUUUCAUUUCUCAUAAUUACCUUCAUGCUUAAUUACUUGAAUAGAUUAUAUCCAUAUCAAGCCAUCAAGUUACUUGUAAAAUCAUCCAAAACUAAACAAGUAAACAAAUCACCUAUUCAAACAGAUUACCAAGCAGUUGAAUCCACAUUAGACAAGCUUGAUAGAUCCUUGCUUGAUUUCACAGUUUACAGAAAGGAAUCAAGUAUUCCUAAUGCAGGUUUAGGUGUUUUUUUAGCAACAGCACAAAAAAUAAAAAGGGGAACGAUUGUCUGCUUUUAUCCAGGCACCAUUUAUUUACCCUCAGAACCCAUCUUAUUGGCUAGUAUUGCUAAUCAAUAUAUUCUUAAAUGUAUAGAUGGACUUUAUGUAGAUGGUAAACCCAAGGGUCUAUCACGUAGAAUGUAUCAAUCUAUUUAUAAGAGAGAAAAUUGGCCAGGUACAAUUCAGAUGAGUGAUCAAAGUUGGUUAUCCAAUGACGAUAAAGAAUUCAUAAAUCCAUUGGCUGUAGGACAGUAUGUGAAUAAUGGGGCAACGUCUUCUACAUUUAAACCAAAUGUUUGUUAUCAAGAAGUAGAUUUACCUUUGCAAUUUCCAAAUCAUCUAAGACGUUAUAUCCCUAAUAUGUAUUGGAAUAGUCAAAUAGAUCCAUUCUUAAAAAUGCGAGUGAUCGUGUUAGUUACACUUCGAGAUAUAGACGAUCAAGAAGAAUUAUUUUCGACUUAUAUGGAUUCAAUGAUAUAAACAGUAAUAUAUAUACGUAUACAUAUAUCUAUCUUUUUAUUAGUUAGUAAUAAAAGAAAAAGAGUUGAAAUUAUUAAUAAAAAGUAAAUAAUACACUACAUUCUAAAUAAAGGAAAUGUCAAG